UGAAAAAGUCCGUUAACAUUCCAAACAAAUGUCUCCAGACGUCUUUUAUUUUGUUUCGAUUUUUUUGGUGAUAGUAACGGCCUUCGAAACUAGUAAGGAGCUUGAAACAUCUGAAUCAAUAGAAAUGCAACGCUGCUGCAAAACACCGAAUCCUCUAUCAAAGGAAACCUUGGCGGAGUGUGCCUCAUUCGAACCAAAGUGUCCACUCAGGUGUGUGGCCUCCAAAGUCUUCGAUAUCGGUAGAUUUUCCAUUUUGAUGGCCCACCACACCGAUUCCUUUGAUUCGCUGGGCCUCUAUUGGAAUUCGGUGCUACAAUGUGUGAAGCUGUUGGAAGUUGAGCCACUGGUUGAUGACGUGUUUAUGUUUCUCGAAGGCAAUGGCACCUUUGCUGAGGCAUUUUGCAAUGUUAGACCUGAGUUCGAACCAUUCGUCGAUUGUUACAACGAACAUUUCUAUAAGAAUUGUAAGAAUUGGGUUGAAGCCGAAAAUUGUGCAAACCUAGUUAUUAAAAAUGAAAAAAGGAUGCCUUAUGGUGCCUUUUAAACUCAUAACUUUGAGUUGAGGUU